GUUUAUAAGCUAGGUGCAGCCAUUAACUAUCUGCCGCCGUGGAAAACUUCCUUCAUUGAUCGCGUUGCAAAGGUUUUUCAGUGAUUAAAAACAAUCAUGAGUGGCUUGGUGAAACCAAAGCAAUAUGACUGGAAAGAUUCUAACCUUGCCAUGUUUGGUAGCGACGAAGAGAAAAAGGUGAGUUCUCUUACAAGAGCAAAAAAGUUAUUAAAGUUUGAAAUGCGAGAAAUCCUCAGUAUAUCACAAAUAACAUCUAUAACGAUGAUUCUUGUUUUUAUGUAGUUAAAAAAAUCUGCCGCCAUGAAAGAGCCGGCAUGGACAGGAUGCGAAAAUUUCGAAGGUACAAAAAUCUGGAGGAUUGAAAAGUUUAAGGUGACAAUAAUUUUUCUACAAUUUGCACUCGUAUUAUGGCAGCUUGCCUCAAUUGCAGUUUCAGUCAAGAUCUCGUGAUUACUCAAACGUGAUUCAAUUCUAACUACGUUAAAAAUGUGAUAGCGUGCGAAAAUCAUCACUAAUUUCUUAAGAGCAAGAUAAAUCUUUUAUUUUCUUUUUAUUCCACUGAAUCAAAAUUUAGAAACUAUUCAAGUAUUUUUAGAAGUUUCUCAACAUUUCUCUGAUUUGCACCAUAAAAGGAAAAAUAUAAAAAUCUCCCACGAGCAGAGAGACUUCCUGUGGCGUCUUUCUUUGAAGCCAUCGCAAACAAGUGUUUUUUCUUUCAAAAGUCAAAAAAACAAAUUACCAUAUUUGGUGGGGAUUUCUUGUUAGAAUAAAUCACCUCUCUUUAUUGUCGCCGUCUUGAAAACUAAAUUUUCCAAGACUCUUAAAAAAUGAAAUUUUGAUGAAUAAAACAAGAAAGCAUGCUUGACAAGUCUGCAGUAAGGGACGAAAUGUUGCUACAUCUGAUCAUUGCAACAUGUUACAGAGACCGGUUGAACUUCUGAUUUGGUUGAACUGAUCACCAAAGAACACUUACCCUGAUCGUUAACAUAUUUUCAAAACGGCUAUUUUUGAUAAACGUAUGCAGACCAGUAAGAAGAAUUUGAACAAGGAUGUCGCAGGGUUAAUUUUAUUUCUCUAGCCUUACCUAUUCUGUUUUUUUCUUAAUGCGCAGGUCAAAGACUGGCCAAAGUCAGAAUAUGGAAAAUUUUUCGACGGUGAUUCUUACAUAAUUCUUCACAGUGAAAAGGAUCCAGACUCAAAUGUGCGUUAACUUAUCUUAUCUAGAAGUAACCAGCUCGCUUUCGGAGUGUUAAUACAAGGUCUUACCAACAUAUUACAACAAUGAAUUUUGGUCGCUGUUACAUAAGUUACAAAAUAUGAUAAAUGAAAAUCACUAUAAAGGAGUGAAACCGUUUGUCAACAAUUAUCUUUCAGACCUUUCUUCGUUUUAUGAAUUGUGUGGGUUUUUUAAAAAGUGUAAACUUGCGCGCAACUUAUGGUUUAUGCACUUUGCAACUUUUUUACCAGUUUAAUAUUUCCCUUUCUUUAGGAGUUAGACUUCGAUGUUCAUUUCUGGAUUGGCGGUUCCUCCACCCAAGAUGAAUAUGGGGCUGCAGCUUACAAAACUUUAGAGCUGGACACAUAUGUAAGAUAAUUACUAUUGAUUAAAAGCUCUCGUCAAGAGAUAUCUCAGCUAAAUAGUGCUCUUUAAGGCAAACGAGCGUGUAUAACGGCCAAAAAAAAAGCAUAGCACCAAAAACAGAAACAAAACUUUGGCAUUGCAACCAGUUUACCGUGGCUUGCUUUAAUCGCACGAAAAUGAUGAGGUUGCCGAUGAGAUUUCCUUCCAGAUGUCGUUUUACGGAAACUUAAUCGCAAAAGAAACAUCUGAACCCUAAAAGUGUCUGGCUACUGACGGGAAAGUGAAGAUAGAGAGUCUGUAUGAGAGUUCCUACUGAGUUUUGGUGAGGGGCGUGCGUUAAGAUGGCCUCCAAUAUAUUUCAGACUAGCAAAAACGGGGCGCUCAAUUAAUUAAGUUAGCUUUUAUCACGAGCACAAAUAUUCACCUUUGAUCUAUUUUUUCUUUAGCUGGAUGACAAAGCUGUUCAGCAUCGUGAAGUUGGUGGUAAAGAGUCAGAAGAAUUUCUUGGUUAUUUUGGUGGAAAAAUCACCAUUGAGGAGGGCGGGUAAGUGGAUAAAGCAAUAUCAACAACUCCAUAUCCUGUUGAAGCCCGAGCCAAACUUUGAAGGGAAAGAGAUAUCUUAGAUACACAGAGAAUUGAAAGUUAUCAUUAUCAUAUUACGCUGAUGACAGUGUGGAAAUUUGGUAUAUUUCUAGGUCCUAUCAAACUGCUAUUACAUCAAUUUAAAGAACCACUUAAGUUAUAGUUGCAAGUCGUAACUGCAAAAAAACGUAAACCGUGAAAUUAAAAUGAAAUGAAAAUAAAGACUCGUCAUUUAAUGCUACAUGUAAAACAAUGAAAAAACACAAACACAGUUACAAUGGAAACGAACUAGUGAGAAAAGAAAAAAGACAAAAUAUUAUUCAACUUUUCCAGCACUUUGUCUGGUAUGGAGACGAAAGAGUCCGACGCACAAUCUAUCUGUAAAUUUAUACGCAAAUCGAACUUAUUGCGUAAGUUCUGCACUAUAUGGUCAUGUGACCGAAACGGCGCGAGUUUUGUGCCGCGCAAACUGAUUUGGCUCCGGUCACGAAUGACAAGAAGCUCUGAGUGCUGACAUUUCAGAUAAUCUUUCAGUUAUUAGUGAUCGGGAUCUCAUGGGAGAAUGUUGAAAUUUGUGAUUAUUCUUUUACAGAAUUGAUUCCGGAUUUAACCAUGUAGUGCCAAGCGAAGAAAGACUACCUUUCACGAGGAACCUUUUGAAACAUUUUAAGAAAAUACCAAACAAGGAAGGGGUAAGAAAACUUCUGCUAAUUGAAGUCAUCAAGCUUUUCAAUGUUUCGUCUCCUGUUUUCAAGUAAACUGAACCAGUUUUUUUCCCUUAAACUUUUAAUUUGCUUUCCACGGUGAAAAUCAAUCAAUUGGUGUCUCAGUUACAUAGAAUAGGGUGAUUCCUUAUCAAAACCUCCCACCGGGUUACAGUAUAAUCUUUCAAACAUGCAGGAAUAUUCUAUGUCUUUUAUCGAUCUGAAAUGACACCGUGUUCUUUUUUUUGUGUGAAAACAUUAGAAGAUGGAGUAUCACGCGGUGGAUAUGCCAUACACUCAAAAGAAUCUGUGUUGUGAUGAUGGGUAUGUGGUGAUCUUCUCAGAAGACAAAAUGUAUCAGGUAAUCUUACUGACAUCUUAAAUAAAAAUAUGUCCUAUUUCUCCACAAGGGAACCACUGUAAAUAGUUAGCACUUUCCUCAAAAUUAUUUAAAUUUCCUCAACACAAACUGUUCUAUUUCAUAAUAACAAUUGAGGAGAAUUCAGGCUUUUCAUCACAAUUCCAUGUGGCUGAAAAGAACUCUGCAGACACAUAAAUAGUUAUACUCUUUUAGCUCUCAAGUGGAAUUAUGGCAGCACGCCUUGUACUUGAAUCUCUUAUUUGUUCUUUUGUCAAUUUUUUCACAGGUCAAGGGCAAAAAUGCCAAAAUUGAUUCCAUUUGCCCAUUCAAUGAGUGGAUGUCUGUUCAAAAGGUAUGACCAAAAAGAUUAAAAAACAAAUUGACCAUUCAAUCACGGAUUGUCAUUUGAUCUGAAAGGAUUAAAGUGAUUCCUGAUUAUUCUUUUUCCUUCCUUAGCAUGAGCAUCCAAGAGCUAAGCUACAAGUUUAUGGUAAGUUUCAUCUUUUUCAACUUUUACGUCCCAAGUGCACGGUUACCUUCUCAUGUCUAUUCUCCUUAAAGGAAGAAUGCCAUCAAAACAAAUAUUUUUAUAAACAGCACUUUCUCUAAGCUAAAACCCACGUUAAUUUCUUAAAGGAAGAUGAUUAAUUAUAAUAUCAAAGGAAAUUUUCAGUUAAAGUGGGAAGUAAUCUAUGAUUGCUGGAAUUGGCUCUGUGUCACAUUGGUUUAUUUUAAUUGACCGAAAAAAUGUGGCCUCCUUCUUUACUAAUCAGAGGCAAACCUAGUCGUGUUUGACACUUUUCCAUUUUUAUUGGCCUUUGAGGUACCACAGUCAGCCAAAAUGCAUUCAAAAGCAAGUUGCUAGUUGAUGUCUAAAAGCUCAAGCAUAACGUCUGCUAUAAAAACCUUAGCUUAAGUGUUGUAUUAGUAAAAUUGCCACUAUUUUUUUGCCUAUUGGUCUCAUCUACCAUUGUUGUGUUAACGAAAGACGUCAGUAAUGUCUCACUCGUUUUUGACCAGCAAAAAUAAUUUUCUUUCUUUCAGAGAGUCUGAACGAGCUUUUUGGCACUGAAGUUUACAAGGUACCAAACAAUUGAUUUUUCGCAGGAACUUAUUAUCACUAACAAUGAUUUGUUUUGUCACUAAUUAUGAUGAUGAUAAUGCUUUUUUAUCUCCAUUCUGAGUACAAUCUCUCACGAUUCAGUUUCAUGUUUAGGGUCAGUAUUUCAUUUCCCUUCAAAAGCACGCCUGCCUGAGCACAGGCAAAGUUCUUCUACAAUUAAUAACUCAAGAGGGUUAUAUUUUCAUGAUGGAAACACAUCCUUCAGACUUCAUUUUAAGGCUAUGCUAUGGGAAAAAAAAACACUGAAAAGUUUGAAACUAAGCUGUCCAUAGCUACUAAUCAGUAAUGUGCUUCACUUUAUUUCACUUCAUUUACUUCUUUUUCUGUGAAGACGAAUGUGAUAGUUUUAGCCUUUGUGCAUUGUCUGCCUUGCUUUGGAGCUUUGACAAUCAUUCAUAUCAAGUAGAAGGCAGUCCUGUGCGCUAUUUCAAGGACAUGACUAGUUGAAGUAAAUUUAGGAUCCAUCCUAUAAUUAACAAAAACUCUGUUCAUUUUUUUAUUAUUCACAGGAUUUAUUUCCCUUUCACAGAACGAAAGUAAAUUUUGUAAGACAAGCUUUUUAAAUAAGUUAUUUUGCUGAUUCUGAACCUCUUACCAAGCUACAUGAAUCUACAAUUUAACAGCAACGUUUGGAAAGUUCAUUACAUCACUGAAUCUAAUUUUUCUUUUUUUUUUUCUACAGAAUGCUCCAGCCGAUUUUGUGGUGAAGUUGAUCAGGUUACACUAUUAAUAACUUUUUAUUCUACGGCUCAAAAAUCAACAUUUAGGAUGUUGAAAAUCAGUGGUAGAUGCUUAUUAGACCAAUGAUUUUAGCUUCAGGCAGCAAAUAAAAGCACAAUUUUAUUUGCAGAAGAAAGCUGCAUAAUUUGCACCAUUCAGUAAUAUAGUGUAAUCCAAAAGGAUGAUGAACAUAUGCCAAAAUAGGUUACAAAGUAGCGUUCGCGAUAUAACUCAAAUAAUCCCCUUUUGGAUAAAACGCAGUAAGUAAAAGAUGGAAGAAGAAUUCACAAAAUCCAGAGGAAACGUUAACUUACUUACUCAAAUACGAUUAUUGGUCGAGGGUGCCAGCCGCUUUGCACCGUUAACUGACUCUCUGUAACCUUGUAAAGCAUUCAAUGUUUAAUAUCAGGCCCGGUGCACAUUUAGAAAGGUGUUUGGCACAUACAAAAUAUUUGAAGUAUAUCUUGCUAAAUUGUAACGACCUUGGCCUUUUUCAGAGUCCUCACCGAUAAAAGUAAAGCAGAGUUUCGAGUUGUGGCUGAGGGAAUCGAAAAUAUCAGUGAAGAUUUACUGGACAGCGAUGAUGGUUUGUUGUUUUCUUUUAAGCUCAUAAAAGCAGUGGUUUAUUUAUUUAUAUAUCUUUAUUUAUUUUUAUUUAUUUAUUUAUUUAUCAGCGAUAUUUAUGCAGGCUGGCCCAGUUCAGCUUCAAGCUGGUUUGAAUGGGGGCCUGCUUAAGACAUAGAACAAAAUUUUUUUAGAAAUAUAAAAUACAAAGGGAGCCUACAACACAGAUAAUUUACACAUAAGAUAUACAAUAUACGUUACAUUACAAAGAAUAUUACAUCAAUUACAAUAAUGAUGUUUGAUAAGUUUCUCAAAAUUAAGUAGAGAAGUUGUUUCGCAGUUUACUAGUUAGAGUAUUUCUUGCCUUUGCACCUUUGUAGCGAAAGGAACCUUGACAUUUAGAUGUUAUGCCAUGGAGGGGUAAUCGAAAAAGGUCUCUAUAUCUGGUAUUAUAGGCAUGAUAUCGGCGGGAAAAACCAGUUUCAUUCAAAAGAUAGGUGAAAACGAGACCGUGUAGGCACUUAAAAAGUUGCAGGCAAGUGUGAUAUUUCCUGCGAUUUUCUAAGGAAGGCCAGCUAAAAGUACUGCCUGUAUUUUCUCCUUUACGCCCUUCGAUGAUACGAGGUGCUCGCAGUUGCAAUCUGUCCAGUGGUCCCGAUUUGUUUUUCUGCAGCCAUCCCAGACUACACAGCUUUAGUCGAACAGUGGAAGUAUCAUGGAGUCAUAGUGUGUGAUACAGGCCUCUCGAGGAAUGACUUUGCAGGCUUUCCCCAGCGUGCCCAGCCUGGCAGAUAUUUUGGAGGCAAUAUGGUCGAUGUGAUCACUCCAAGAGAGGCCUGGAUCGAGCAUGACACUGAGAUACUUGAACUGGUAGACCCUAUUAAAGGUCUUGUCAAAAGCUGAAACGCUAAAAAUAGCAACUCUCGAGAGCCUUUGAGGUUUUCCCACAAGUAUUACUUUUGUUUUAAAGUAGUUAAGAAACAGAUAGUUACUACCUAGCCAGCUUAGGAUGUUUCUUAGAUCGGCAGAAAGGUAACACUCGAUUUCUCUGAUGGAACUACCAUUAAUGAAAAGCAGAGUGUCAUCCGCAUAAAGUUGAGUUUCACUGGGGUUCAGAAAUAACCCUAUUAACACAAAUACUUUGAGUCCGGUUUGAAAGAUAAGUUUUUAACUAUACGACCGAACAAUCAGAAAAACCGAGGGAAAGCAAUUUGUGCAGCAUAAUGUCAUGAUCUAUAGUGUCAAAUGCUUUAAACAGAUCUAAAAAUACCAUUCCUGUGAACUGGCCUUUGUCCAUGUUAUGGAGAAGCUUAUUAGUUAAAAUAUGAAUUGUAUUUGAAUUGUAUUCAUUUAAAAAUUUUGCAUGUUUUUAUCGUAGCUCAUUCGCCUCAACAUAAUACCCUUGUUAAUUACAAACUGUUAUGUUUUCAUUCACAGUAUUUCUGCUUGAGGCACCUGAUCGUUUGUUUGUGUGGAUUGGGAAAAAUGCCAGUUCUCGCGAAAAACAAAAUGCUCUUUCUUAUGCACAAGUAAGUUAGUAAUUAUAAAUGGACGAAUACAUGAAUGAAAUGAGCUAAAGGAAACUUGCCAUGCAUUGCUGACAACAAGCAACAGUAGCUUUCCAUGAGCCUAAAUGUGAUUGGUCGAAUUUUGUCUUAAAUCCCUUUUAAAAUAGUUCUUGUACUGGCUAUUGAACAGGACUUUUUCCUCACUCCGCGGUGAAAUUAAUUUCUGUCUCUUCCUCCGAAAAGUUGUAAGAAAAAUUUGUCUUAUGCGAGAAAGUUGUACCUCAGGUUGCGAUUGGGUCCUGACGGUUACUGACGCAAAGUAUCUGGUCUCCAGAAUUUAGACAUAUUCGAAGCACCGUGUUUCUUGGAUGUUUCGCGGGAAAUGAAUAAUAUCUACACGUGGUGGUUGCCUCCAUGAGUUGAAUUUGCACCCAGACGCAAUGAGCUAUCUCUAGUUCAUUGUAAGUUUUCUGAUAUCGGGAGUGACAUAAAAGUAAGGUGAUGGACUUAUGUAUAAGAUGCCAUCUCUUUAUUUAAUUUCUUUUGUACAGAACUAUCUGAAAGAACAAGGCCAGGAACCAUGUUGUGGAGUUUCGUGUAUGCGAGAAAAGGACGGCAAAUACCCUGCACUGUGGAAAAGGAUCAUCGCUAAACAAAAUACUGCCGAAAAGCGAGAAAAAAGGGGUAAAUAAUCAAGCAUCCUUGAUUAACACGACAUAAACUAGUACGGGAGGAAACUUUUAGUGUUGGAAGGCUAAUACUUGCUGAGGGGUAAAUUUUUGCGCUCUUAUAUUAUCAUAGUUGAUAAAAACCAAACGCGAGCAAGAAUCAAAUUACCUGUUAUCAUGAUACUAGUUUGUAAAGUUUGUUAGACCAUUAAAUCAUUUCUAUGCAAUGCAGAAGGCCAAAACUAAAAUCUGGUGGAAUUCGGGAAAAUGACUUGAAACAGCUUUAAGCAAUGAGCCUAAGUAAUGAGCCUGUGUGUUACUGAGCCUGUGAAAGCCGUGCACUAACUCCUUCAUUUACCAAUGAUAUCCCAUUAAAAUUCUUUGCAGGAGCAGUUGGCAGACGUAAUCAUCAUUUGUAGGAUGCACUUUCUAUUGAGGAGGUCAACCAGUUACGAUAAUUUUUCGUAACAAUUUGGUUUAAUUAUCACGUUUAUGGGGAUAAUGACACUUCAAAGCGCAAGUCUUAGAUAGAGAGAAAGUUUAGGAUAGCACCAGGAAACUGUUUUUUAUUAUGCUUCGGUGGCUUAGAUUAGCCCUUAUAGCUUCAGUUCCCUUUUUGAGGGAACCAUUGCUUUUUUAUAGAUUCCAGUUGUCCAGGGAGGGACUUGCCGGAAAACAAAGAGCUUAUAGAAUAUUGCCAAGAAAAGUUUUUUAAGUCUUUUUGCCGUUGAAUCAUGGAAAUGAAUGCUUUCUUUACUCUUGGUGGCUGUCUUUUAUUUUCUCUGGCUAAUCAGAAAGUUAUAAAGUUUUAGCGCUAAACACCCACCUAAUCUUCUUAACGAUAUGCUCAAAUUCGUCCCGAAUUGGAAAGACUCGCCGCCCCCUUGAACCCAAUUCCCCUCGGCCAAGUGGUCAGCAAGUUAUUUCACCGAUCGACGCACGAUCAUCCUAUAGAUUUCAUCCACAAAAUCGAAGUACCGGUUUCCCUGUUACCCGCAGAUCACUUUAAAGCCAGUGAUUAAAUCUUUUUGCACACGUGUGACCACUGUUUUAAAGUUGUGUUGUGCAAAAUACUAAACGUCAG